AGCUCUGGCUCGAUAGACCUAGUUCUCUCUUCCUUCUGCCAGGCCUAAAUAGAGUAAUUCCUCUCCUAGUAUCCGUUUUCAUUCCUACCCUAGCGUGGUGAGUAGCUGCUUUUCCUUCCCUUUGUAUUAGCUCUACUCUAUUAGCUGUCUGUGCCUCUAUCCGAGCUGCUAUUAGUAGAUUUCUCAACAUUCAGAGUGGAAAGAAGAAGGGAGGAAGAGGAUGCGGAGAUUCAUAGCAACACGAUCCGGCCACGCCGUACGCAGAUUGGGUACGACCAAUAACUCCAAGGUACCAUCUUCUAGAAUGGUAGCCCUUCCUCAAUCUCAAAAGAAUCCACCUUUGUACACUUGGGUUCCGUCAAAACCCUCACAUCUCUAUGGACACCAUAGAUUUAUUUCCCAUGCUUCAGCCAAUCCAACUGGUGAUAGCUCCUUCUCGACCGAAAGUGGGCAUUCCUCUCUUUGCUUUGAACAAAAUAGUGAGACCCAAGUUGGCCCUUUUACCUCUGCAAACGAGGAUUCUAGCACAUUUGAUCAUUCUUUAGAACAUCUCUGUGAAAAUAAUGAUACCCAGUUGGAAAAUUUUGCUUCUGGGAAUGUGAUUCAAGAAAUAACAGACUACAGCUCAAUUGAUUUUGGUGAAAUUGGUGAUACCCAGGUGGGUUUUGAUGCCGUUGCUGAUGUGCAGGUGGAGGAGGAGGCGGCUGAGGCUCAUAAGAUUGAUGUGGAGCAGUUGGAGAAUGUGUUGUCUCUUCUCCAGAGUACUGUUGACGGGUCUUUGGAGUCAAGUCUUAAUGGUAUGGAUUUGUAUCUACAGGAAGAGCUUGUGGUGAAAGUGCUUGAAACCCCACGUCUCUUAGGUGAGAAUGUCAUAAGGUUUUUCAAGUGGGCUAUGAAGAAGCCAGAGUUCAAGGUUACUAGUUGUGUUGUUGAUUUCCUUGUGCAGGCAAUUUGUAGUGAUCUUAGGAAGAAAAAUUCGUAUGCAUUAUGGGAUUUGGUAAAGGAGAUUGAUGAGAAGGAGAAUGGUGCUUUGAAUGUUGAGAUUCUAAAUAAAUUGAUUGCUUUGUUCUCAAGGCUAGGUAAAGGAAAAGCUGCACUGGAGGUCUUCAACAAGUUCGAAGAUUUUGGGUGUGUCCCUGAUGAGGAAACACACUAUUUUACAAUUGAAGCACUUUGUAAACGCUCAUUUUUUGAUUGGGCUUUGCCAGUUUGUGAGAAGAUGCUCGAUGCAGGAGCUUUGCCUGAUAGUGAGAAAGUAGGUAAUAUCAUAUCUUGGUUUUGUAAAGGGGGUAAAGCCAAGAAUGCAUAUUUGGUGUACAUGUUGGCAAAGGAGAAAAAUAAAUACCCUCCCAAGUCUUCAAUCAAUUUUUUGAUCACUUCUCUUUGUCAGAAAGAUGAAACUGUAAAAUUGGCUUUGGAGAUAUUGGAUGAUUUCUCUGGGGAAGUGAGGAAAUAUGCAAUCAAGCCAUUUUCAUCUGUUAUUCAUGGUUUAUGUAGGAUCAAAGAUGUUGAUGGAGCAAAACUUUUGCUUUGUAGAAUGAUUGCUGAUGGCCCACCUCCAGGAAAUGAGGUGUUCAAUCGGAUUAUCACGGGCUACUCCAAGUCUGGAGAUAUGAAAGAAGCAAUGGAGAUGAUCAAACUGAUGAAGAGUAGGAAUUUGAAACCAGAUGUGUACACUUAUACCGUUAUUAUUAGCGGUUAUGCUAAUGGUGGUCAGAUGGAGGAGGCUAUGAAGUUCUUGUCAGAAGCCAAAAAGAAGCAUACUAAGCUCAGCCCUGCAACUUACCAUACCCUAAUUCGUGGGUAUUGCAAACUCGAAGAGUUGGACAACGCCUUGAAGUUGAUGAGCGAGAUGAAAGAUUUUGGUGUGGAACCUAAGGUCGAUGAGUACAAUAAGUUGAUCCAAUCUCUUUGCUUAAAGGCCUUAGACUGGAGAGCAGCAGAAAAGCUCUUAGAAGAGAUGAAAGAGAAUGGUUUGCAUCUCAAUGGGAUGACAAAGGGGCUUAUAAGAGCAGUGAAGGAACUGGAAGAGGAGGCGUUGGCGGCGAAUGAAGAGGGUAGUAUCAAAGGCUAAGUGGGGAAUUCUGGGAGUAUGCUAAUAUUCAAGUUUAAUUUCUUGUUCUUAGGGUGGAGGUGUACUUUGGUUGGAUGCAGAGUUGGUAUAGUUCUUCAUAUUGAAGUAGAGUACUGAGCUCCAUCUUCAUAUUGAAGUAGAGUACUGAGCUCCAUCUUCAUAUUGAAGUAGACUGAGUGGUAUAAGCUCCAUCUGUUCUCCCCUCCGUGUUAAGUUUGUGGAGUGUUUUUCUGUUUUUUUUCUUCUUAGGUGUGUGUUUUAUUCACAUUUUCUGCCGAAACAAAGUUGGAUUAUUUACAUUUACAUGGGGUGGGUUCUCCCAUAAUCUUAAGCCAUUGAGCUAUAUAUUUAGGGUAGCAUGCCAGCAAGUUAUGGAAA